CCGUGUAUCCCCCUUGCGACCCCCUAAGACUUUCGGGUGGACGGGCGUGGGUGAAGGAGGAGGAAGGAGGGUUGAUGGUGGUCGGCUAUGGUGGACGGGUGUGGGUGAUGGAGGAGGAAGAACGGUUGGGGGUGGUUGGCUAUGGUGGACGGGUGUGGGUGAUGGAGGGAGAAGAAGGGUUGGAGGUGGUCGGCUAUGGUGGACGGGUGUGGGCGAUGGAGGAAGAAGAAGGGUUGGAGGUGGUCGGCUAUGGUGGACGGGUGUGGGUGAUGGAGGAAGAAGAAGGGUUGGAGGUGGUCGGCUAUGGUGGACGGGUGUGGGUGAUGGAGGAAGAAGAGGGGUUGGAGGUGGUCGGCUAUGGUGGACGGGUGUGGGUGAUGGAGGAAGAUGCGGCGUUGGAGGUGGUCGGCUAUGGUGGACGGGUGUGGGUGAUGGAGGAAGAAGAAGGGUUGGAGGUGUUCGGCUAUGGUGGACGGGUGUGGGUGAAGGAGGAGGAAGAAGGGUUAAGGGUGGUUGGCUAUGGUGGAUGGGUGUGGGUGAUGGAGGAAGAAGAAGGGUUGGAGGUGGUCGGCUAUGGUGGACGGGUGUGGGUGAAGGAGGAGUAAGAAGGGUUGAGGGUGGUUGGCUAUGGUGGACGGGCGUGGGUGAUGGAGGAGGAAGAAGGGUUGAGGGUGGCCGGCUAUGGUGGA